AUGUCUGAAGGAUAUAAAAGCCCUUUAAAUAAUCGUCGAGUCAAAGCCUUCAUCACUCAGCCUGACCAAAGCGUCCACACAGAUACUGCUGACGCCACCGCAAAGGCAGCAGAAAACACAGAAAUUUCAGUCCAACUGACCAUGAUCCGCAAGAAGCAUGACCAAGUCAAGCAACAAAAUAUGCAGAAAAAAGUCUAUCUAGACAAGCUUAAAAAAGAACUAGAGCAGCUUAAUCUAGUAGCUACCGCUACAAUGGAAGACCAAAAAGCUGUAAAUUUAAAAAUCGAGGAGCUAGAAAAUGAUUUAAAAUUAGCCCAAGUCAGAGUUGAUGAAGAACUGCAAAGCAAAAGAAUGUAUGAACAUAUGCUGGACAGGAUGAAGCAGGAACAAACCAAUCUUGACUUGAAAUCUUAUAAUUUGCAAGAUAACUUAAAAUCAGCAAGAAUGCUGCUGGAGACUGAAAAAGAUAGGGCGAGGAAAAUUAAUGAGAAAAAAGUAUCGUCAAGAAUGAUGGUCAAGGAAUUAAGGGAGAACCUUGAAGUAGAAAAAAAGAAAAAGGAUGAAAGAAUCCAACAGCUGGAACUUGGAAUCAGGCUUAAAAAAGAAGCUGCAGAACGACAAGAAAAUCGCAUUAAAAGACAGCUCGAAAUUGCAGAAAUCGCAGCAAAUGAAGACAGACACUCACAAGAAAUAAAAAUCAAAGAGCAGCUGAUCCUCCACAAGUUUUGGCUUCAAUAUCUCAAAUGGAAGCAAGAAAACAAAAAACAAACCGCGAUUGACGUCGAAGAAGCUUUUCAAAAAAUCCGCUCAGCGACAGGAUUGACAAAUUUAAAUGAUAUUGUUGAAAAAUUUUUAACAAGAGAAGAAACUUAUAACCAGCUAUUAUCUUCUGUAAGCGACGCUGAAAAAACUUUAGCUGAUUUAAAAGCUAUGGUAAUAGGAUUUUUUUUAAAAUUAUUAUAAUAAUUUUUUUUUUAAAUAAUUAUAAAAAAUCCUAAAAGCUAAGCAUGAAAUAGCAAGAGAAGAAUUAAAAGGGCUUUUACUAAUUGAAGGCGAAGAAACUGAAAAAACUUUUAACAGAGAAUACCAAACUUUAGAAGAAGAAAUCGACACAGAAUACAAAGAGCUAAACCGAGUAAAAGAACAAGUCGCCAAAGCUUCAAGUGUCCAUGAACAAGCUUUAGGCUGGGGUAAAAAAAUGUUACAAGUGCUGGGUAUUGAAGAAAGCAAAACCAAUAUAAGAGACGUUUUCGACGAAAUAAAACAUCAUGUAGAUAAUAUGAUAGAAACUGUAAGUGACAGAAAUGAAGAAUUUAAGCAGAAAAUCAAACAGUUUGAAAAUGCUUCAACUAGUGACCUAAUAAAACAGCUUUAUACCCCAGAAUUCAUUACUUGGAAUGGACACGUUAAGACUGAAAGAAAAGUAAGUGAAGAUGAAUCUGAUAAAUAA